UCAGUUCAAUGAGUAACAUCUUCUCAUCCCACCAACACUGAACAGAGCCGCUGCUGCUGCUGAUACAUGAGCUCUGACUGAGGAGGAGGCAACAUUUCGGGGUUUGGAUCAUCUUUUGCAGGUGCUGUAGAGCCGCUUGCAGAAACCAGGAAGUCAACAUGAGUGCUCUGUCCUCUGACAGGAAGCCCCCUGUGGAUUACGGCGUUCAGAUCCGCUUCAUCAAGGACCUCCAUGACACGGGAGGAGGUUAUCCUGAUAAAUCCAGAGGAAACAAUGGGGCAACCACUCCUACCAAUAAGUAUGGGGUGGCGGUGCACGUUCAGGGAAUCUCUGGACAGCCUUAUGUGGUCCUGAAAGAUGGCGAGAAAGGAGACUCUUACGGAGUUCAGCUGAACACUCCAACCCCCAGCUCAGGGCCACCUUCACCGUUCAACAGCCUCCCCAAGACCAACAAAGAGCCAGCAGAAAUAACAAACCCCUACAGCCCUGCUGUAAAUAAAGCACGCUCCCCUGUUUCUCCAGCAGAGGAGGAGAUUGGGGAGAUUUUUGGGAGCCCUCAUAAAAGACCUCCAGGGGACGGUCAAGCAGGGACACAGGGUGAGGAGGAGGGUGGAGCUGGUAGACAGGGGGACAGGCCAAAAUCUGAACCCCGUCUCAAAUCACCAGCCAGUGAAGCAGAGACAAACAGAGAUAGGACUAGUAAUGAGGAGUAUAACGAAGCUGGGCUGAAACCUGUCAAGUUAAACGGCGUGGGACCCAGAGGGGUCAAACAAACCGCCUCUGGUUUCACCGGCUCUUUGGGGAGACACAGUGUGAAAAAACAAGACACAAUCUCCCCCCCAGAGUCGUUCCCAGAACCCCCAGCAUCAACUAAUGAGGAGCCCAUCCCAGCAAUCGACACAAAGUCCCUGGCUCCGAUCAACAAGCUCAUCAAUAAGUUCAACAGUGGGACGCCGGGCAGCGCCCCACAGACGAGAGGCCGCUCCGGAGCGAGGCAGCGACUCAGGUUUGACGAGCGCAGGAGGUCGAGAAGUCUGGAUGCGAGAAAAGAGGCCCAGCCUGAGGUUCCCUCUCUGAGCUCUCCGACUGUGAAUCCCUACGCUGUUCCUCUGUCUUACUCCUCCAAUUUGCUGGCGUCAUCUGCCCCAGCGAGCCGCAGUCUGGGAAGCAGCCCUGCAUCUGUUUCCAAGGUGACGGCACUCGAGGCCCCCAAGCCGAGCUUCAAGUCACCAGGGAAGUUUGUUGCCAAGGACACCCAUCCAACUGUAGCCAAAAAGCCUGAGAUAACUCCGAGGAGUCUGAGCAAAGAGCUCGUCACUGGGGAGGAGGCGCAGGUGAAGCAGGCUAUUUACAACAUCCUGAAAGACGGCACCAGUGAGAAUGAAGGAUCCCUCAAAAGGAAGGCCAAGCUUGUCUACGACACAACCGGCAGUUUUAAGCAGGGAGGAUCAGAUGGGAGCUUCAAGAAGGGGAACCUCGAGGAGCUUCAGGAACAACUCAGUCGCUGCAAAAAAGAGCUGCAGAAAGUCCAUGAUGAACUGGCCGGGGAGCGUAUGGCCAGAGAGGUGGCAGAGUCUCGUCUGCGCCUACAGGAAGAUCAGCUGGCUGAGCUUCAGGAGGAGCUGAGGAGGGUUUCGGAAAACUCACCUCACUCAGACUCGUUGCAGACGGAUUUGAUGACCCUGCAGGCUGACCUGGCCGAGGCCACCAUGCUCCGGCAGCGGCAUGAGGAGAUCCUGCACCAGCGGGAGCGGGAGCUGACGGCCCUGAAGGGAGCGCUGAAGGAGGAGGUGGAGUGCCAUGACAGAGAGAUGGAGACUCUGAGGGAGCAGUACAGCCAGGACAUGGACAACCUGAGAGCCACCAUGGAGCAGGUCACAGAGUCCCAGGAGCAGAUAGAGGAGGAGAGGGAGCGGGUGAACGCCUCCAUGUUGACGCUGGAAGAGGAACUGGAGAGCUGCAGAGAUCAGGGAGAGAAGUGGAAGACGCAGCUGGACUCCACCGCCAAGGAGCUGCACAACACCAAGGACGAGCUGCUGAAGACCCGUCUGGAGAAGGACGAAUAUGAGGACAAGCUGAGAGAUCUUGAGGACUCGAUGCUCGCCGUGAAGAAACAAAAGCCUGCAUCUGACGAUUUCCACUCCCUAGCGGAGGAGCUCCGGCGUUGCCAUGAAGAUCUGAAGCGGGCUCGCUCCGAUCUGGACAAACAAAAGGCAGAGUUAGUCGAGAAGAGAGAGGCACAUCAAGCCCUGAAGAAAGCGAGCGGAGAGAAGGAGGCUGAGCUUCUGUCUGAGAUCAGCAGGUUGAAGGAGCAGUCGCAGAAAGACAAGGCUGAGCUGGAAAAGGCUUCAGAGAAGUCAUCAGUUGGGUCUUCAGGAAAGACCGUGGUGGACCACGGCACCAACCUGGAGCUCCAGGAAGCAAACACUCGCCUCAGAGAGAGGCUGGCCCGCAUGACGAGGCUUCACUCCUCGUCCCGCAGCCCAGAUGCCGAGGAGGAGGUGGAAGCUCUGGAGGAGGAGAACCGCUCCCUGAAGUCUCAGCUGGAGGAGGCCAAGAGAGGAGGUACCCGCCUGAGCAAGGAGCGGGACGAGCUGACCCGGCGGCUGGAGGAGAGAGACCUGGAGAGAGAGGCGCUGCGGAGGGGCAAGGUGGACCUGGAGGAGCAGAAGAGGCUGCUGGACCGAGCCCUGGAGAAGAUUAACAAAGAGAUGGAGAUAAUGAUGGGAGAUUCCCGUCAGUCGGUGGCCACCCUGCAGACACAACUGGACGACUACAGGGAGCGCUCGAGGAAAGAUCUGCUGGAAGCCCAGCGUAACAGCAAGGACAGGCUGGCUGAGCUGCAGAGGGCUCAGAGCAACCUCAAGAGCCAGCAGGAAGAGGUGUCCCGUCUGAAGAAGGAGCUGCUGGCAUGCAGCGAGGAGAGAGACAGUGCACAGUUGGAGAGGGACCUCCUCAACAACCGUCUCAAACACUUGGAGAGCGAACUAGAAACAGAGAAGAGCACGUACACUGACCGCAACAGGGAGAUCAGAGGCCUGGAGGAUAAAAUUAAGACAAUGGAGAUCGAAUUGGAUGAGGAGAGGAGCAGCGUGGAGCUUCUGAACGACCGCAUCACACGCAGCAGAGAUCAGGUGGACCAGCUUCGUUCAGAGCUGAUGCAGGAGCGUUCGGCGAGACACGACCUGGAAAUGGACAAGAGCGCACUAGAGAGACAGCUGAAGGAAGUGAGGUCUCGCAUGGCGGACAUGGAGGGACAGACUCGGCCUUCACCUGGACUCAGCCUGCUGGAAAACAAAGUUCAAGAGUUGGAGGAGAGACUACGCAGUGAAGAAAGAGAGAAGGCGAGCAUCCAGGGAUCUCAGCGACGGAUGGAGAGGAAACUAAAGGAGCUAAACGCCACGUUGGACCAGGAGAGAAUCCAGCAUGUCGAGCAGAGAGAUCAGCUGUCUCUGCGUGUGAAGGCCUUGAAGCGGCAGGUGGACGAGAGCGAGGGAGAGGUGGAGCGAUUGGAGGGAGUCCGCCGGAAGGUUCUCAGGGACUUGGAGGAGCAGCAGGAGCUCCAGGAGGCACUGCACGCCAAAGUCUCGGCCCUGGAGGGCGAACUAAAGCGGAAGUCACAGCACACACACCGUGCAGCUCUGGGCUCCUCCACUCUCAGCUCCGAGGAUGAGGAUGGAUUUUACGAUGGCAACAUUGCCUCCAUCCUGAACGAGAGCCACCUACAGACCACCAACUGCUAAAGGAAGGUGAAGAUCUUCUCCGGUGCAAACACUUGUAAGAUUUUGUGAGAGAGAGACACUCAGGGCAUCACAGACUCGCUUGUGUGAGGAACUCGGUUGCCAUGCACUACGAACUUGCCUUGCAGUUGUUCCUUGGUUUUAUUUUUAGUGCAGCAGCCCAACAGAGACUGGCUGUCAGGAUAAUUAGAUUGCAUUUUUUAAGCCUUCAGCUGUGAUUAUGAUUGCUUCACCGCUGUUACGUUUUAUCUGUCUUGAGAUCUUCUGUUUCUCUGUUACUCUGAAGAGAAGAAUUACAGCUACACUUAUAGGUACAAGCUUCUACUUUGUGUACGUCAACGUGAAUCUUUUCAAAAGCCCUCUUCGCUGUGUGGUCUUGUAUUGACUAUAUUUACUGUACACUGUCGUAGCACAUCACUGUAGCAUGCUUUGUGUUCAGAAACAGAGGUCAUACAGUUGACUUGCAAAUUCAAACCACUUUUGAACCAAAAAAUACCUUCAUAAGACAUGUUUUUCUUAUUGUUACAGUCUUAUAUCUAUGGAAGCCCAUCCCUGCCUGUAAAAAAAAAAAGAGAUGAAAACGUAGCCUUGUGAUGAAAAAACAGGCUUGUAACUUACUAUAAUGAGAAACUUUCUCAAAACUUAUACAUGUUACUUUCAAAAAUGUAUAUUGGGGCAGUUAGAAGCAAAUAUGCUGUUAAAUGUAGAAUAUUUUUAUUAAGCUGCUGGUAACAUUUUUUACAGAUAUUUAAGUACAUUUUGGACUGUGUGCACAAUAAAAAGACAUUGUAUUUUUUCUCAUUUAA